AUGAAGAUUACGCUCUUGCUUUAUUUCCUUUUUUCUUUUAUUUUGGUCUAUUAUUUAGAAAGGACGAUUCACGUUCGGUCACAUACGAAAUGCCAUUGGUCUAAAUGGGAAAGCUGGCCUCACAAAGCAAAGCCUUUCCAUGUUGCCUUGGUAGCGGAUCCACAGAUCGUGGAUAAUGGUACUUACAACUAUCCUCGUCCUUUGUUACGUCUUGUGCAAUUUAUCGCCGACCAGUAUUUGUUUCGACAUUGGCGGUACCUUCAUAAAAAGCUCCAGCCUGAUUUGACAAUCAUCAUGGGUGACUUGAUGGAUACUGGAAGAGAGUUUAAUCUUGAAGAGUGGGAUAAAGAUCUAGAAAGAUUCAACAAAAUUUUCGAUUUCAACGCUGCUGAGCAUGUUGAAGUUUAUCCUGGAAAUCACGAUAUUGGCUUUGGGGAAAAGACUUUUUACGAAAAAAUUAAAACAUUUGAGUCUACUUAUGGGUCCACCUCUCGAUCCGUAAUUGCUGGCAAUCAUACCCUGGCUUUGGUUGAUGGAAUCCGACUCUCAAACACUUUGUCACCCGACAUUUACGGGAAACCAAAAUCUUACUUGGAGUUUUUGAACAAGAAGAAAGAACCAUCCUCACCGCGAAUACUUUUUGGUCAUGUUCCUUUAUAUCGUCCGGAUGGCACAUCCUGUGGGAAAUUGCGCGAACAAAAGGAUACUAUAUCUUUCGGUUAUGGAUACCAAUACCAGAACGUACUCUCCAAAGAGCUUUCUGAAGAAGUCCUAAAGAAUGUAGAACCAGUUGCCGCAUUUGCCGGUGAUGAUCAUGACUAUUGCGAAGUUGUUCACAGUUAUAAUGACGACUAUGGUUCUCUAAAGGAGGUCCCUGAAUACAAUGUUAAAGCAUUUGCAAUGACAAGUGGAAUACGAAGGCCAGGUUAUCAAUUACUAUCGCUGUAUUACGUUCAUGAAGAAGGAAAGGCGCCUUCAGAAUCUUACCAAACGCAUCCUUGCCUACUUCCUGACCAAAUUGCUAUAUAUUUAUUUUACGGAAUUUGUUCUUUAUUUUUAUUUGUUGUGGUUACAUAUUAUGCAAACGAUUAUUACCAAAAGUCUGGCCGUCUUCUUCCUUUAUACCAUACCCAAGCACAAAAUAGGCGUUCCAACUCUCGUCGUCAUUACAAAAGCAUCAUACAUAAAGCAUUCCACCACUUCAUAUUUCUCACCUGGCCAGCAGUAUUAUUUUUUUUGGUUUUGAAUGUUUUCAGCGUGUAG